AUGGCUUCGGCGAUGGGUACCAAGACCGGUGGCGUGAACAACGUUCGAUCGAAUCGAGGCAACAUGAACGCCUCCAACAUGAGCAAUGGUCAGGCUCGUGGUCCCCAGGUCAAUGGCCUGGGUGAUAGUAACAACCGACUGAACGCUAUCUGGAGUGAUAACCACCGCACAGACGGACAUGGACAACAAAACAACAACCCCCAGCCUCGAUAUGAGGCCAAGUCCGGCUCCGGUUCGCUGCUGUCGGAAUCUGAAGUCUGGGCUGGACGUCCCCACUUUCCGUGGAACAACGGCAACACCUCCAGCCUGCGCAUGGGCCAGGCUCAAACCACUCAGAUGGCGACAAGCCCUGCCCUUCGACGCACAAGCGACCUGAGUGCGGGCAUGCUCAACGAUCACUCUGAUCAAUCCUACUUCGCUUUGCCACGUACCGCCGGCAUGAGUCAGGCUACUGGCCCUGCCAGUCAACGACCCUACCUUCACUCGGGAUCCGAAGGUGUCUCCCCUUCUGGAGAGGCUCUCACUUUCAAUGCUUUCGGCGGCAUUCGCAACGGCGAUGGACGUUGCCAACAAGUCACUUCUAAUGCGCAGGGAAGCAGCCCUUUGGUAGCGUCAUUCCCUGCCAACUCGCCCUACGGCAGUGGCUUGGAUGCAACCCGCACUCACAACGUGCCCAAGGGACAUCUGGGCUUGGGCGUACCGGAUCGUACAUCUCCCCUGAACAGUCGAUCUCCAUUCACGCAAAUGCCCCAGAAUACGACGUCAUAUGUGCAGCAACGUCCCUCGAAUGAAAGUCGCAUGUCCUACAACUCUGAUAAACAGAGCUCCGACGUACGGUAUGGCGGCAGCGUGGUGCAGAUGGGUGCACGUUCCAACCAGUAUCAGAUUGACGACAGCGGUUAUCAAACCCAUGGUGGGGCCCAGAGACCCACGACUGCGUCGCAAACAUCGUUGGACGGGUCUGUGCCACGGGUUACGGGUCAGAACCCCGAUGAGGUGCGCUAUCAGUCUCUUGUCGCGCUCAGUGCGCAAGCUGCCAGAGACUUGCAAGUUGCAUACCAUGGCCGUGCCCAAGCGCGCGAUCUCACAACAAUUUCCCCAAGUACCUACAGUCACAUCUCUGGUAGCCCCAUGUACCUUGAUACUGACAGCCCAACUUUGCACAUCGCCGCACAGCAGCGAAUCAACGAGAGACUCUCCUAUGAGCGCAGACUCUCGGCUUACUCGGAUCAAGCAACAGGCCACAGUCUCCCCACUCCUCGUAUGCACCUCUCCCCGACAUACGAUUACCACAAUUAUCAGGCCGCGCAUUUGCACAAUCUGCAAAACUUCUACCCUGUUGGCCACAUUGCUCGAAUGAACUCCACCGCUCAAGGUUCCCGCAACCUUCGCGACUUUGACCCCUCCCAGAGUAUCCGCAGCCCAUUGCUCGAAGAUUUCCGAGCGAACAGUAAAAACAGCAAGCGUUACGAACUCAAGGACAUUUACGGCCAUGUCGUGGAGUUCAGUGGUGACCAGCAUGGGUCUCGCUUCAUCCAGCAAAAGCUGGAGACCGCUAACAGUGACGAAAAGGAUCAGAUCUUCCGUGAGAUCCAGGAAAACUCCUUGCAGCUCAUGACCGAUGUCUUUGGCAACUAUGUCGUUCAAAAGCUGUUUGAGCAUGGCAACCAGAGCCAGAAGAAAGUUCUGGCCAAUCACAUGCGUGGUCAUGUCCUCGCUUUGUCAACUCAAAUGUACGGCUGCCGUGUGGUACAGAAGGCACUGGAGCAUGUCUUAGUCGACCAGCAAGCCGCUAUUGUCAAAGAGCUGGAGAAUCACGUCUUGAAGUGCGUCCGUGACCAGAAUGGCAACCAUGUCAUUCAAAAGGCUAUUGAGCGCGUGCCGUCGCAAUAUGUGCAAUUCAUCAUCGACGCGUUCCGUGGUCAGGUCAACCGCCAUGCCGCACACCCCUACGGAUGCCGCGUGAUUCAACGCAUGUUGGAGCACUGUUCCGAGUAUGAUCGCGAGUCUAUCCUCACUGAACUGCAUUCGUCCACCGCACUUUUGAUCCCUGACCAAUUCGGUAACUACGUCAUCCAGCAUGUUAUCGAGAAUGGAGACCCUAAGGAUCGAGACAAGAUGAUCGCAGUCGUUAUGUCCCAUUUGCUGGAAUUCUCUAAGCACAAGUUUGCCAGCAAUGUGGUUGAGAAGAGCAUUGAGUUUGGUGACGAGUCCCAGCGUCGCUGGAUCAUCGCUAACCUGACUUCGACUAACGAGCGCGGUGAAGGUCCACUGUUGGGUCUUAUGCGUGAUCAAUACGGUAACUACGUCAUUCAAAAGGUUCUCGGUCAGCUCAAGGGCGCCAGACGUGAGGCUCUUGUCGACAAGAUCAAGCCUUUGCUCAGUCAGUUGAAGAAGUUCAGUUAUGGCAAGCAGAUCGUGGCCAUUGAGAAGCUUAUCUACGACCCUAGCUCUCCAUCUACCAGCUUGAUGACGCGCUCUUCAACCACGCCACCCAGCUCUCAGAAACCAUCGCCUCUGUUUUUGAAGCGAAGCAUGGCUGGUAUUCACCACUCGUCCAGCCCUACUUAUGAGGUCAGCAGUCCAAUUACCCCUCCCUUGAUUGAGCACCGCGCCUCUUUGGCUUUGGAGUCCUCUUUCAAGGCCAAGGGACUGUGUCACGGCACUGUGAAGUCAAUCUCCAGUUCGGAAUCCAGCUUGGAGUCCAGCCUAGACUCCAGCCCGGAUGCUGGCGUCCCAAUUCGUGUCACUGGCCAUUAA